UCCCAUCGUGCAUUGCCAGUGGGGUUUUCCAAAAUGGCUGCCUACUUGAAGAGAUCUACUGGUCUUGUGGGACUUGCUGUUGCAAAAGCUCCAAGGGAGUCUCUGAUUGCCCUGUACAACAAGACGUUAGGUGUUCUAAAUGACAUGCCAAAGGAAUCAACAUAUAGGACUCAUACAGAAGGGAUUACAAAAGAAAGACUUGGUAUAGUAGAAAAGGAAACUGAUAUUAGCACACUGGAGAAAAAGCUUGCCGCUGGUCAGRUAGAAGAAGUUAUCAAACAGGCAGAGGACGAACUCUCGCUUGCAAAGAAAAUGAUGGAAUGGAAAGCAUGGGAACCCCUCCAAACCACUCCCCCUGAGGGGCAAUGGAAAUGGCCCUUUUGAACAGAAGAUUUUGAUUUUUGUUUGUAUAUUAUUUUAUUAUGUCAAUUAUGGUUGUGAGAAUAAGAAAGCCCUGUAAAAGAA